ACGUAUUAACAAAUAAAGUUUAAAUUCUAUUUAAAAUUUAACCAAUAAACUUGAAUUAGAAUUCAAAAUAAACCAAUUAAACUGUUCCGAUUUUUUAAAUGAACCAAUGAAGCUAAUAGUGAGAGUAAUAUACUUAAAAUGCAAAAAAUAUUCAUUAAAAUCGAUUUUAAUUAAUUAAUUUCGACUGAUUAAUUGUCAAUUAGAUGGGUUGUAACGUUGGACGUCAAACAGUGCUUAAAGGAAAAACCGAAGAACAAUUAUUAGCAAAUUUAACUUCUCGACAAAUAGAACUUGUUACAGAAACUUGGCAAAUUGUAUCUCAAGACAUGGCGAAUGUAGGAGUUAUAAUAUUUCAAAGAUUACUAACGCAGCAUCCAGAACUGUGCAAACUCUUCAAGAAAUUCAUGACAUUAAAAGAAGACGGAACUUACGAUUGGGAUCUUGGUGGCAUGGAAAGGCACGCUCUUCUAGUUAUGCAGGCAUUAGAAGCUGCCAUUGAUAAUUUAGAUGAUAGCCGUGUAUUAUCUGGGAUUUUAUUCGAAUUGGGAUGCAAACACGCACGUUACAACGUACAAGAAGAUAUGUUUGAUAAAUUAUGGGAUGCAUUAAAAAGUGGAUUAGAAGAGACUUUACAAGAACAAAUGACUAAAGAAGUGACUCAAGCGUGGUUUUCUGUUUUUAGGUACAUUUCUCAUCACAUAGUUAAAGGGAUGAGAGAUUAUCGCAAGAGAUCUCAAUAAUAAAAUAUGUUAUAAAUAAAUAAUUAAUGUGAAAUAAUUAAAUAUAUAUAUAUAUAUAUGUAUUUGUGUAU